CAGAGAGAGAGAAGGUUCGUGUUUCGAUGGAUCGAUAAUCCACCACCAAAAAAAGAACAGCUACACAAAAAAAAGAAGCCACAGAAGAACCCCCCCACGAGCGCCACAUUUUGGAAACCUACCUAUCCUUGGGAACAGGGUAAUGAAGCAAAAGGAGAAGCUCGUAUAAGCCGUGGAAAGAUAGAAAAACACAGGGGCCAGACCAGACUAUAGCCAGCGCACACAGCACAUCAUGAUUCCAAGGACACCACCACCCCUGGCCGCCGCCCGCCUGAGCAUCCGCCGUCCCGCACGUGCUCUCCCAGGCCUCCUCCAUCUCCUCCCCAGGACAGCCCGGCAGCAGCAACAGCGCCGACACGGAAGCAGCUCACCGCAGCCCUCGCACACCUCCAAUUUCUACAAGACCUUUGGCCGGCCCGUCUUCAAGGUCUCCCUCUCGGCCAUCUUCGUCUACCAGCUCGUCUACUGGGCCUGGGUGAAGCUGGAGCAGGACGAGAUCAUGGGAGAACGUCGAGCCGAGAUCGCAGACCUAGAGGCCCAAGUCGAGUCGCUGCAGACCAGUCAAGGCACCGCCAAGCAAGCUAAAUGAAAUCACAAAGCUAUCCCUGGGUUGUGUUGUGGCUGUAUAUUGUCAGAACUCUGUGUAAAGUAGUCGUGGGAGAAGGUGUUGUGAGCAAUAACGUUGAUGUAUUGAUAUAGCCAUGUGAGUACCCAAUUCCCCAGUAUCAGGUACUCUCCUUGGAUUGGGCAAUAAUGUCGUCAAGUCUCGAGUCAAGUCUACGCUGAUGGAUAUCAAAAAGCUAGUAUCUACAACCCCCCAAAAGGAAUAAAAGUGAAAGGACAGACACCUCUCCCAACACCAGGAUGUAAAGGUACAAAUCACGAAGCAAGACACCAAGCAAGCCAACAAACCCAAGAAAGCCAG